CCUCAGCCAGGAGAAGAUUCUCUGAAUUGCCCUCUGCCUCCCGGCUGGCAGAGCUACAUGUCUCCCCAGGGCCACAGGUACUAUGUGAACACCUUCACCAACGCGAAUGGAUAUCACACCCCUGUGACGCCCAUGCAUCAAAUGGAGCCUGGUCAUAUGAGUCUCCGGAAACCCAGCGGGGACCCCCAGAGUCCGGGGUCCCCGCGUGUGCCCAGGAGGCUGGCCAGGGAGAGCUCGCGGACGAUAAACUGUGUGACUUUUCCCCACCCAGACACAAUGCAAGAACAGCAGUUGCUGAAACCCACUGAAUGGAGCUACUGUGAUUAUUUCUGGGCUGAUAAGAAGGAUCCGCAAGGGAACAACACAGUAUCAGGGUUUGAAAUUCUGCUCCAAAAGCAACUCAAGGGGAAACAAAUGCAAAAAGAAAUGGCAGAGUUUGUUCGAGAAAGGAUAAAGAUUGAGGAAGAAUAUGCCAAGAACUUGUCCAAACUGUCUCAGAACUCACUGGCUGCUCAAGAAGAAGGCACCUUAGGCGAGGCCUGGGCCCAGCUGAAGAAAAGUCUGGCAGAUGAGGCAGAGGUUCAUCUCAAAUUUUCCUCUAAGCUCCAGAGUGAGGUGGAGAAACCACUGCUCAACUUCAGAGAGAACUUUAAGAAAGACAUGAAGAAAUAUGACCAUCACAUCGCGGAUUUACGGAAGCAGCUGGCUAGUCGCUACACAGCAGUAGAAAAGGCCCGGAAAGCCCUGACAGAGAGGCAGAAGGAUCUGGAAAUGAAAACCCAGCAGUUGGAGAUAAAGCUCACCAACAAGACAGAAGAGGAGAUCAAGAAAGCGAGGCGGAAGUCCACUCAGGCUGGAGAUGACCUGAUGCGUUGUGUGGAUCUUUAUAAUCAAGCCCAAUCCAAGUGGUUUGAAGAAAUGGUGACCAGCACUCUGGAGCUGGAAAGGCUGGAGGUGGAGCGGGUGGAAAUGAUUCGGCAGCACCUUUGUCAGUACACACAGCUGCGGCACGAGACAGACAUGUUCAACCAAAGCACAAUAGAGCCUGUCGAUCAGUUACUUCAAAAAGUGGAGCCUGCCAAAGACAGGGAACUGUGGGUACAAGAACACAAAACUGGAGAUAUCAGACCUGUGGACAUGGAAAUAUAGACUGAUCUGAUUAGUGAUAUGUGAUGGGUUCGCUGGUUUAACCAGGCUAAUGGGUCCUGUAAAGGGUCAGAAGAGGUACAGGACGACAAAAAGGUUGCUCUGCUACCAGAUACCUUGUAUUUAUUGUCUGUAGGGAGUAUCUCUGUCACAUUUGAUCAUCACAUCAGUUCCCAUUGUGCUAUGCCUUAAGCUCCCAACAUUCCAGGGUUAAGAAGCCAGAUGUCUGUUCUUCCUGUCAGAAGUUUCCAGCUGCCAGGGAUGUGCUGCUGCCAGGAGAAACCGAGGCUCUUGCUUCCUGGUACAGAGAGAACUCUGUUCUUCAGUGACUGUGCACUACAUCCAUUGCAUGACUCUCUUUGUGUAGAAUGUAAGAACAGCCAUGCAGCAAGCCUCUGCCAUGGAAGCAGACUAGUGAUUUGACUAUGAUGCUGGAAGCAAGGAGCUCCUGAACAUGGAUCCCAGCACUGCCACUGCUCAGCUGGAUGGCCUUGGGCAUAUCACAUAACUUUUCUGGUUCCUCCAUUUAUAAUAAGGGGCUCAUAAUACUUACCUACCUCACAGGGGUGUUGUCAGGGUACAUUGAUUUUGUAUAAUACUUUUUAGCACAACUACCUUGCUAUGGUAGUAUGUCUGAGUGCAGGGAGGUACGGGCUUUUCCCCAAAGCAGUAAACAAGGCGAAAGACUAGGAGAAAACCCCACAGAGGAAAGACACCUGUUCAAGCCCUUCCUGUUUUAUAAUCCCACUCAGAGACAUAUAGACCCUCUAUCAUCUCCAUUUCUCUUUGAGGCUAAUAGAAAGUAAGAUUGAAAGGGACCUCUUGCACCAUCUAUUUACCAGGAAGGACUCGGUUGUGCUGUAGCUACCUCAUUAAUUGUCUGGUUGACUUAAGUGACAAAAAGAGGACACCUACCAUGGAAUAAAUUUGAUCUUCAAGUCCAUUCCUGCCUAUACAGUGUGAUGUCCUACAGUCUCUGCUUUCUGCAGGAUCUUCUAACACUCCCUUUGGGAGGUCAUUUCCCAACCAAAUGGAUCCAAGUUUAAAUUAGCCUUUGUUUAAUUUCCUCGAAAUAACUCCUAGUUUGUAGCCUUUUGGAUGCCCAUGCACUCCCUUUCUCUCCAUCCCUUUCUCGCUUUCCUUGGUGUUUACACCCAUCAGAUGUCUGCAGAUA